UGCUUUUUUGGGGCGGGGGAGGGUGGCCACUCCGACCUGGAUUUACCGUUCUUGGCCCCCCUAAGCCCCCCCGUGCGGGGGGCGGCUGUGAUCGCUCUGGCGGUUGGAGGUCGGGGAGCGGCCCGGGCUCUGGCCAUGUUCUCGGAUGAGGAUUUCUGGAUCGCCCUGUGAAGAGGUCUCCCCGAGAGGGCCCUGCCCAGUCGGAGAGAGGGAUGGACAGCCCGAAGCCGCCUGGUGAGGAUAAAGAUUCAGAACCAGCAGCUGAUGGACCUGCAGCCUCCGAGGAGUCAGGUGCCACUGAGCCAGACCUUCCCAAACCACAUGUGGGGGAGGGCUCUGUGCCCAGUUCUGGGGGUCCCAGGCUUCAGGAGCCUCCCCAGGACUGCAGUGGGGGUCCAAUGCGGCGUUGUGCUCUCUGUAACUGCGGGGAGCCCAGUCUACAUGGGCAGCGGGAGCUACGGCGCUUUGAGUUGCCAUUUGACUGGCCCCGGUGUCCAGUGGUGUCCCCUGGGGGGAACCCAGGGCCCAGUGAGGGAGUGCUGCCCAGUGAGGACCUAUCACAGAUUGGUUUCCCUGAGGGCCUGACACCUGCCCACCUAGGAGAACCUGGAGGGUCCUGCUGGGCUCACCAUUGGUGUGCUGCGUGGUCGGCAGGCGUGUGGGGGCAGGAGGGCCCAGAACUAUGUGGUGUGGACAAGGCCAUCUUCUCAGGGAUCUCACAGCGCUGUUCCCACUGCACCAGACUCGGUGCCUCCAUCCCUUGCCGCUCGCCUGGAUGUCCACGUCUUUACCACUUCCCCUGUGCAACUGCCAGCGGUUCCUUUUUAUCCAUGAAAACACUGCAGCUGCUAUGCCCGGAGCACAGUGAGGGGGCCACACAUCUGGAGGAGGCUCGCUGUGCAGUAUGUGAGGGGCCAGGGGAAUUGUGUGACCUGUUCUUCUGUACCAGCUGUGGGCAUCACUAUCACGGGGCCUGCCUGGACACUGCUCUGACUGCCCGCAAGCGUGCUGGCUGGCAGUGCCCUGAAUGCAAAGUGUGCCAAGCUUGCAGGAAACCUGGGAAUGACUCUAAGAUGUUGGUCUGUGAGACAUGUGACAAAGGAUACCAUACCUUCUGCCUGAAACCACCUAUGGAGGAACUGCCUGCUCACUCUUGGAAGUGCAAGGCAUGCCGGGUAUGCCGGGCCUGUGGGGCAGGCUCAGCAGAGCUGAACCCCAACUCUGAGUGGUUUGAGAACUACUCGCUCUGUCACCGCUGUCACAAAGCCCAGGGAGGACAGCCUGUCAGUUCUGUUGCUGAGCAGCACCCCCCGGUCUGUAGCAGAUUCUCACCCCCAGAGCCUGGCGAUACCCCCACUGAUGAGCCCGAUGCUCUGUACGUUGCAUGCCAAGGGCAGCCAAAGGGUGGGCACGUGACCUCUAUGCAACCCAAGGAACCGGGGCCCCUGCAAUGUGAAGCCAAACCACUAGGUAGAGAAGGGGCCCAACUUGAGCCCCAGUUGGAGGCCUCCCUAAAUGAGGAGAUGCCACUGCUGCCCCCACCUGAGGAGUCGCCCCUGUCCCCGCCACCUGAGGAAUCACCCACAUCCCCGCCGCCUGAGGCAUCGCGCCUGUCCCCACCGCCUGAGGACUCACCCCUCUCUCCACCGCCUGAGGAGUCUCCUCUGUCUCCCCCACCUGAGGCAUCACCUUUUUCUCCACUGGAGGAGUCACCCUUCUCUCCCCCAGAGGAGUCCCCCCCAUCUCCCCCGCUUGAGACACCCUUAUCCCCACCGCCUGAAGCAUCACCUCUGUCACCACCAUUUGAAGAGUCUCCCCUGUCCCCGCCACCGGAGGAAUUGCCUACCUCCCCACCACCUGAAGCAUCGCGCCUGUUCCCACCACCUGAGGAGUCACCCAUGUCCCCUCCACCUGAAGAGUCGCCCAUGUCUCCACCACCUGAGGCAUCUUGUCUGUUCCCACCAUUUGAAGAAUCUCCCCUGUCCCCUCCACCAGAGGAGUCUCCUCUCUCCCCACCACCUGAGGCAUCACGCCUGUCCCCACCACCUGAGGACUCACCCAUGUCCCCGCCACCUGAAGACUCGCCUAUGUCCCCCCCGCCUGAGGUAUCACGCCUGUCUCCCCUGCCUGAGGUGUCACGCCUGUCCCCACCACCUGAGGAAUCUCCCCUGUCCCCACCACCUGAGGAGUCUCCCACAUCCCCGCCACCUGAGGCUUCACGCCUGUCCCCACCGCCUGAGGACUCACCCACGUCCCCGCCACCUGAAGACUCACCUGCUUCCCUGCCACCGGAGGACUUGCUUAUGUCCCUACCCCUGGAGGAGUCACCCCUAUCGCCACUGCCUGAGGAACUGCGACUCUGCCCCCGGCCCGAGGAGCCGCGCCUGUCCCCUGCGCCGCAGGAGCCGCGCCCGUCCCCUGCGCCCGAGGAGCCUCGUUUGUCUCCUGUGCCCCAGGAGCCGCGUCCGUCCCCUGCGUCCGAGGAGCCGCGCCCGUCCCCUGCACCUGAGGAGCUGCAUCUGUCCUCCCAGCCUGAGGAGCCGCGCCUGUCCCCCGCGCCUGAGGAGCCGCAGUUGUCCCCAGUGCCCGAGGAGCCGCGCCUGUCCCCUCGCCCUGAAGGGCCCCCUGAGGAGCCAGGCCUAUGCCCUGCACCUGAGGAAUUGCCUUCGUUCCUCCCACCUGGGGAGCCACCCUUAUCCCCUUUGCUUGGAGAGCCGGCCCUGUCUGAGCCUGGGGAGCCACCUCUGUCCCCUCUGCCUGAGGAGCUGCCGUUGUCCCCAUCUGGGGAGCCAUCUUUGUCACCUCAGCUGAUGCCACCAGAUCCUCUUCCUCCUCCGCUCUCACCCAUUAUCACAGCUGUGGCCCCGCCGGCCCUGUCUCCUUUGGGAGAGUUAGAGUACCCCUUUGGUGCCAAAGGGGACAGUGACCCUGAGUCGCCAUUGGCUGCCCCCAUCCUAGAGACACCUAUCAGCCCUCCACCAGAAGCUAACUGCACUGACCCUGAGCCUGUACCCCCUAUGAUCCUUCCCCCAUCUCCAGGCUCCCCGGUAGGACCGGCCUCUCCCGUGCUGAUGGAGCCCCUUCCCCCUCGAUGUUCCCCGCUCCUCCAGCAUUCCCUGCCUCCCCCAAACUCCCCUCCUUCCCAGUGCUCUCCCCCUGCUCUGCCACUGUCUCUUCCUUCCCCACUGAGUCCCAUGCGGAAGGCAGUGCAGGUCUCAGAUGAGGCUGAGCCACAUGAGAUGGAGACUGAGAAAGCCCCAGAACCUGAGUGCCCAGCCUUGGAACCCAGCCCUACUAGUCCUCUCCCCUCUCCCAUGGGGAACCUUUCCUGCCCUGCACCCAGCCCUGCCCCAGCCCUGGAUGACUUCUCUGGCCUGGGGGAAGAUACAGCCCCUCUGGAUGGGACUGACACUCCUGGAUCACAGCCAGAGGCCGGACAGACCCCUGGCAGUUUGGCUAGUGAACUUAAGGGUUCCCCUGUGCUCCUGGACCCCGAGGAGCUGGCCCCUGUGACCCCUAUGGAGGUCUAUGGCCCAGAAUGCAAGCAGGCAGGGCAGGGCUCACCCUGUGAAGAGCAAGAGGAGCCACGUGCACCAGUGGCCCCUACCCCACCUACUCUCAUCAAAUCUGACAUCGUUAAUGAGAUCUCCAAUCUGAGCCAGGGCGAUGCCAGUGCCAGUUUUCCUGGCUCAGAGCCCCUGCUGGGCUCUCCCGACCCCGAGGGGGGUGGCUCCUUGUCCAUGGAGCUGGGGGUAUCUACAGAUGUUAGUCCAGCCCGAGAUGAGGGCUCCCUGCGACUUUGUACGGAUUCGCUGCCAGAGACUGAUGACUCGCUGUUGUGUGAUGCUGGGACAGCUAUCGGAGGAGGCAAAGCGGAGGGGGACAAGGGGAGGCGGCGCAGCUCCCCGGCUCGUUCCCGCAUCAAACAGGGUCGCAGCAGUAGUUUCCCAGGAAGACGCCGGCCACGUGGAGGAGCACAUGGAGGACGUGGGAGAGGACGGGCCCGGCUAAAGUCAACUACUUCUUCCAUUGAGACUCUGGUAGUUGCUGAUAUCGAUAGCUCUCCCAGCAAGGAGGAAGAAGAUGAUGAUGAUGACACCAUGCAAAAUACUGUGGUUCUCUUCUCCAACACAGACAAGUUUGUCCUAAUGCAGGACAUGUGUGUGGUAUGUGGCAGCUUCGGCCGGGGGGCAGAGGGCCACCUCCUUGCCUGUUCCCAGUGCUCUCAGUGCUAUCACCCUUACUGUGUCAACAGCAAGAUCACCAAGGUGAUGCUGCUGAAGGGCUGGCGUUGCGUGGAGUGCAUCGUGUGCGAGGUAUGCGGCCAGGCCUCAGACCCCUCCCGCCUGCUGCUCUGUGAUGACUGUGACAUUAGCUACCACACGUACUGCCUGGACCCCCCACUGCUCACUGUGCCCAAGGGUGGCUGGAAGUGCAAGUGGUGUGUGUCCUGUAUGCAGUGUGGGGCCGCCUCCCCUGGCUUCCACUGUGAAUGGCAGAAUAGUUACACGCACUGCGGGCCCUGCGCCAGCCUGGUGACCUGCCCGAUCUGUCAUGCCCCGUAUGUGGAAGAGGACCUCCUGAUCCAGUGCCGUCACUGUGAACGGUGGAUGCAUGCUGGUUGCGAGAGCCUCUUCACAGAGGAUGACGUGGAGCAGGCGGCUGAUGAGGGCUUUGACUGUGUCUCCUGCCAGCCUUACGUGGUAAAGCCUGCUGUGCCUGUUGCGCCUCCAGAGUUGGUGCCUAUGAAGGUGAAAGAGCCGGAGCCCCAGUACUUCCGCUUCGAGGGUGUGUGGCUGACAGAAACUGGCAUGGCUGUGCUGCGUAACCUGACCAUGUCGCCCCUGCACAAGCGGCGCCAGCGGCGAGGACGGCUUGGCCUCCCAGGCGAGGCAGGGCUGGAGGGUCCUGAGCCUUCAGAUGCCCUUGGCCCUGAUGACAAGAAGGAUGGAGACCUGGACACUGAUGAGCUGCUCAAGGGUGAAGGUGGUGUGGAGCACAUGGAAUGCGAAAUUAAACUAGAGGGCCCCGUCAGCCCUGAUGGAGAGCCUGGCAAAGAGGAGACCGAGGAAAGCAAAAAACGCAAACGCAAACCCUAUCGGCCAGGCAUCGGUGGUUUCAUGGUGCGACAGCGGAAAUCCCACACACGUGUGAAAAAGGGGCCUGCUGCACAGGCGGAGGUGUUGAGUGGGGAUGGGCAGCCCGACGAGGGUGAGACGGUGUUGCCUGCCGACCUGCCUGCAGAGGGCUCUGUGGACCAGAGCUUAGCUGAUGGGGAUGAGAAGAAGAAGCAGCAGCGGCGAGGGCGCAAGAAGAGCAAACUAGAGGACAUGUUCCCUGCUUAUCUGCAGGAAGCCUUCUUUGGGAAGGAGCUGCUGGACCUGAGCCGGAAGGCCCUUUUUGCAGUUGGGGUGGGCCGGCCAAGCUUUGGACUAGGAACCCCAAAAGCCAAGGGGGAUGGAGGCUCAGAUAGGAAGGAGCUCCCUACCUCACAGAAAGGAGAUGAUGGUCCGGAUGUUGCAGAUGAAGAAUCGCGUGGUCCUGAGGGCAAGGCUGAUACAUCAGGACCUGAGGAUGGCGGCGUAAAGUCAUCCCCAGUGCCUAGUGACCCUGAGAAGCCAGGCACCCCGGGUGAAGGGAUGCUUAGCUCUGACUUAGACAGGAUUCCCACAGAAGUCUUCCUCAGCAGCAUCCUUCAUCGAUCCCUCACAGAACUGCCCAAGAUGGAAUCCAAGGACCUGCAGCAGCUUUUCAAGGAUGUUCUGGGUUCCGAACGAGAGCAACAUCUGGGUUGUGGAACCCCUGGCCUCGACGGCAGCCGUACACCGCUACAGAGGCCCUUUCUUCAAGGUGGACUCCCUUUGGGCAAUCUCCCCUCCAGCAGCCCAAUGGACUCCUACCCGGGCCUUUGCCAGUCCCCAUUCCUGGAUUCUAGGGAGCGCGGGGGCUUCUUUAGCCCGGAGCCCGGUGAGCCAGACAGCCCCUGGACAGGCUCGGGGGGCACCACGCCCUCCACUCCGACCACGCCCACCACAGAGGGUGAGGGCGACGGGCUCUCCUACAACCAGCGGAGUCUUCAGCGCUGGGAGAAGGACGAGGAGUUGGGCCAGCUCUCUACCAUCUCACCUGUGCUCUAUGCCAACAUUAACUUUCCCAAUCUCAAGCAAGAUUACCCAGACUGGUCUAGCCGCUGCAAACAAAUCAUGAAGCUCUGGAGAAAAGUUCCAGCUGCUGAUAAAGCCCCCUACCUGCAAAAGGCCAAAGAUAACCGGGCAGCUCACCGCAUCAACAAGGUGCAAAAGCAGGCUGAGAGCCAGAUCAACAAGCAGACCAAGGUGGGCGACAUGGCCCGUAAGACUGACCGACCGGCCCUACAUCUCCGCAUUCCCCCCCAGCCAGGGGCACUGGGCAGCCCGCCUCCUGCUGCUGCCCCCACCAUUUUCAUUGGCAGCCCCACUCCCCCCGCCGGCUUGUCUACCUCUGCGGAUGGGUUCCUGAAGCCGCCGGCGGGCACGGUGCCCGGCCCCGACUCGCCCGGUGAGCUCUUCCUCAAGCUCCCACCCCAGGUGCCCGCCCAAGUGCCUUCGCAGGACCCCUUUGGACUGGCCCCCGCCUACGCUCUGGAGCCCCGCUUCCCCACGGCACCACCCACCUAUCCUCCCUAUCCUAGUCCGACCGGGGCGCCCGCGCAGCCCGCGACGCUGGGCGCCUCAUCUCGUCCUGGGACUGGCCAGCCAGGGGAGUUCCACACCACCCCACCUGGCACCCCCCGACACCAGCCCUCCACACCUGACCCCUUCCUCAAACCCCGCUGCCCCUCACUGGACAACCUGGCUGUGCCUGAGAGCCCAGGGGUAGGGGGAGGCAAGGCUUCUGAGCCUCUGCUGUCGCCCCUGCCUUUCGGGGAGUCUCGGAAGGCCCUAGAGGUGAAGAAGGAAGAGCUUGGGGCAUCCUCUCCCAGCUAUGGGCCCCCAAACCUGGGCUUUGUUGACUCACCCUCCUCAGGCCCCCAUCUGGGUGGCCUGGAGUUAAAGGCACCCGAUGUCUUCAAAGCCCCCCUGACCCCUCGGGCAUCUCAGGUAGAGCCCCAGAGCCCAGGCUUGGGCCUAAGGCCCCAGGAGCCGCCCCCUGCCCAGGCUUUGGCCCCUUCUCCUCCCAGCCACUCGGACAUCUUUCGCUCUGGCCCCUACCCUGACCCCUAUGCCCAACCCCCAUUGACCCCUCGGCCCCCACCCCCACCCCCUGAGAGCUGCUGUGCCCUGCCUCCUCGCUCACUGCCCUCUGACCCUUUCUCCCGAGUGCCCGCCAGUCCCCAGUCCCAGUCCAGCUCCCAGUCCCCGUUGACACCCCGUCCUCUGUCUGCUGAGGCUUUCUGCCCAUCCCCCGUUACCCCUCGUUUCCAGUCCCCUGACCCUUAUUCCCGCCCACCCUCACGCCCUCAGUCCCGGGACCCGUUUGCCCCACUGCAUAAGCCACCCCGCCCCCAGCCCCCUGAAGUUGCCUUCAAGGCUGGGCCUCUAGCCCACACUCCGUUGGGGGCUGGGGGUUUCCCAGCAGCCCUGCCCUCAGGGCCGGCAGGUGAGCUCCAUGCCAAGGUCCCAAGUGUGCAGCCCCCCAAUUUUGCCCGGUCCCCUGGGACUGGUUCAUUUGUAGGCGCCCCUUCUCCCAUGCGUUUCACUUUCCCUCAGGCAGUAGGGGAGCCUUCGCUAAAGCCCCCUGUCCCUCAGCCUGGUCUCCCUCCACCCCACGGGAUCAACAGCCAUUUUGGGCCCGGCCCUACCUUGGGCAAGCCUCAAAGCACAAACUACACAGUAGCCACAGGGAACUUCCACCCAUCGGGCAGCCCUCUGGGACCCAGCAGUGGGUCCACAGGAGAGGGCUAUGGCCUGUCCCCACUACGCCCCCCAUCAGUCCUUCCACCACCUGCACCCGAUGGAUCCCUCCCCUACCUGUCCCAUGGAGCCUCACAGCGGGCAGGCAUCACCUCUCCAGUUGAGAAGCGAGAAGACCCAGGGGCUGGGAUGGGCAGCUCUUUGGCGGCACCUGAACUUCCAGGUACCCAGGACCCAGGCAUGUCCAGCCUCAGUCAGACAGAGCUGGAGAAGCAACGACAGCGCCAGCGACUACGGGAGCUGCUGAUUCGGCAGCAGAUCCAGCGCAACACCCUUCGGCAGGAGAAGGAAACCGCGGCAGCUGCCGGAGCAGUGGGGCCCCCGGGCAGCUGGGGUGCUGAGCCUAGUAGCCCUGCCUUUGAGCAGCUGGGUCGAGGCCAGACCCCCUUUGCUGGCACCCAGGACAAGAGCAGCCUUGUGGGGCUGCCCCCGAGCAAGCUGGGUGGCCCCAUCCUGGGGCCAGGGGCUUUCCCCAGUGAUGACCGACUCUCCCGGCCACCUCCACCAGCCACCCCUUCCUCUAUGGAUGUGAACAGCCGGCAAUUGGUGGGAGGCUCCCAAGCCUUCUAUCAGCGAGCACCGUAUCCUGGGUCCCUGCCCUUGCAGCAGCAGCAGCAGCAGCAGCAACUGUGGCAGCAGCAGCAACAACAGGCAACAGCAGCAACUUCCAUGCGACUUGCCAUGUCGACACGCUUUCCGUCAACUCCUGGGCCUGAACUUGGCCGCCAAGCCAUAGGUUCCCCCUUGGUGGGAAUUCCCACCCGCCUGCCUGGCCCUGGUGAGCCAGUGCCUGGUCCAGCUGGUCCUGCCCAGUUCAUUGAGUUGCGGCACAAUGUACAGAAAGGACUGGGACCGGGGGUGCCUCCGUUUCCUGGUCAGGGCCCCCCUCAGAGACCCCGUUUUUUCCCUGUAACCGAGGAUUCUCACCGACUGGCCCCGGAAGGGCUUCGUGGCCUAGCAGUGUCAGGCCUUCCUCCUCAGAAACCCUCAGCCCCGCCGGGCCCUGAACUGAACAACGGCCUGCAUCCAACGCCCCACACCAAGGGUCCCAACGCGCCCGCUGGCUUGGAGCUAGUCAGCCGGCCCCCCUCAGGCGCUGAGCUUGGCCGCCCUCCUCUGGCCCUGGAAGCUGGGAAGUUACCCUGUGAGGAUCCUGAGUUGGACGAUGACUUUGAUGCCCACAAGGCCCUGGAGGAUGAUGAGGAGCUUGCUCACCUGGGCCUGGGUGUGGAUGUGGCAAAGGGAGAUGAUGAGCUGGGCACCCUGGAAAACCUGGAGACCAAUGAUCCCCACCUGGACGACCUGCUCAACGGGGAUGAGUUUGACCUGUUGGCCUAUACUGAUCCUGAGCUGGAUACCGGGGACAAGAAGGACAUCUUCAAUGAGCAUCUGAGGCUGGUGGAGUCGGCCAAUGAAAAGGCUGAGCGGGAGGCUCUGUUGCGGGGGGUGGAGCCAGGACCCUUGGGCCCUGAGGAGCGCCCUCCCCCCGCCGCUGAUGCCUCUGAGCCCCGUCUGACGUCAGUGCUCCCCGAGGUGAAGCCCAAGUUGGAGGAGGGUGGGCGCCACCCUUCCCCUUGCCAGUUUACCAUUACCACCCCCAAGGUAGAGCCAGCUCCAGCCACCACUCCCCUAGGCCUGGGGCUGAAGCCAGGACAGAGUGUGGUGGGCAGCCGGGACACUCGAAUGGGCACAGGACCUUUUUCCAGUAGUGGGCACCCAGCUGAGAAGGUCCCCUUUGGGACCACAGGAGGACCACCAGCUCACCUGCUGACCCCCAGCCCACUGAGUGGCCCAGGAGGGUCCUCCCUGCUGGAGAAGUUUGAGCUAGAGAGUGGGGCCCUGACCUUGCCCGGUGGACAUGCAUCUGGGGAUGAGCUGGACAAGAUGGAGAGCUCACUGGUAGCCAGUGAGUUGCCCCUGCUCAUCGAGGACCUGUUGGAACAUGAGAAGAAGGAGCUGCAGAAGAAGCAGCAGCUCUCGGCACAGCUGCAGCCUGCCCAGCAGCAGCAGCAACAGCAGCAUUCCCUACUGUCCACCCCAGGCCCUGCCCAGGCUGUGUCUUUGCCACAUGAGGGCUCUUCUCCCAGUUUGGCUGGUGCCCAGCAGCAGCUUGCCCUGGGACUUGGAGGUUCCCGACAGCCAGGCUUGGCCCAGCCACUGAUGCCCACCCAGCCACCAGCUCAUGCCCUCCAGCAGCGCCUGGCCCCGUCCAUGCCCAUGGUGUCCAACCAAGGGCAUAUGCUAAGUGGGCAGCAUGGGGGACAGGCAGGCUUGGUGCCCCAGCAGAGCCCACAGCCAGUGCUGGCACAGAAGCCCAUGGGUACCAUGCCACCUUCCAUGUGCAUGAAACCGCAGCAGCUGGCAAUGCAGCAGCAGCUGGCUAACAGCUUCUUCCCGGAUACAGACCUGGACAAAUUUGCUGCAGAAGAUAUCAUUGAUCCUAUUGCAAAGGCCAAGAUGGUUGCUUUGAAAGGCAUCAAGAAGGUGAUGGCUCAGGGCAGCAUUGGAGUGGCACCUGGUAUGAACAGGCAGCAAGUGUCCCUGCUAGCCCAGAGACUCUCAGGGGGGCCCGGCAGUGAUCUGCAGAACCACGUGGCAGCUGGGAGUGGCCAGUCUCUCUCGUCACAGGAGCGGAGUGCCGGUGACCCCUCCCAGCCUCGUCCCAAUCCACCCACUUUUGCCCAGGGAGUGAUCAAUGAGACUGACCAGCGGCAGUAUGAGGAGUGGCUGUUCCAUACCCAGCAGCUCCUACAGAUGCAACUGAAGGUGCUAGAGGAGCAGAUUGGGGUGCACCGCAAGUCCCGGAAAGCUCUGUGCGCCAAGCAGCGCACUGCCAAAAAGGCUGGCCGUGAGUUCCCAGAGGCUGAUGCUGAGAAGCUCAAGCUGGUUACAGAACAACAGAGCAAGAUCCAGAAACAGCUGGAUCAGGUCCGGAAGCAGCAGAAGGAGCACACUAAUCUCAUGGCAGAAUAUCGGAAUAAGCAGCAGCAGCAGCAGCAGCAGCAGCAGCAGCAGCAGCAGCAGCAGCAGCAGCAGCAGCAGCAGCAGCACUCAGCUGUAUUGGCCCUUAGCCCUUCCCAGAGUCCCCGGCUACUCACCAAGCUUCCUGGUCAGCUGCUCCCUGGCCAUGGGCUGCAGCCACCGCAGGGGCCCCCCGGGGGGCAAGCUGCAGGUCUCCGCCUGCCCCCCGGGGGCAUGGCACUACCGGGACAGCCUGGUGGCCCCUUCCUCAACACCCCCCUGGCCCAGCAGCAGCAACAGCAACAUUCUGGUGGGGCUGGGGCCCUGGCUGGCCCCUCAGGGGGCUUUUUCCCUGGCAACCUUGCUCUUCGAGGCCUAGGACCUGACUCGAGGCUUUUACAGGAGAGGCAGCUGCAGCUACAGCAGCAACGCCUGCAGCUUGCCCAGAAACUGCAACAGCAGCAGCAGCACCUCCUAGGACAGGUGGCAGUCCAGCAGCAACAGCAACAGGGCCCGGGGGUACCGGCAAACCAGGGUCUGGGUCCCAAGCCCCAAGGGCUUCUGCCUCCCAGCAGCCAUCAGGGCCUCUUGGUCCAGCAGCUGUCCCCCCAGCCACCCCAGGGGCCCCAGGGCAUGCUGGGCCCUGCCCAGGUGGCAGUGUUGCAGCAGCAGCAGCAGCAGCAACAGCACCCUGGAGCUCUGGGCCCCCAGGGCCCUCACAGACAGGUGAUCCUGACCCAGCCCCGGGUGCUCAGUUCCCCCCAGCUGGCACAGCAGGGUCAGGGCCUUAUGGGACACCGGCUGGUCACAUCCCAGCAGCAGCAGCAGCAGCAGCAACAGCACCAACAGCAGGGAUCCAUGGCAGGGCUUUCCCAUCUUCAGCAGGGUCUGAUGCCACACAGUGGGCAGCCCAAACUGAGUGCUCAGCCCAUGGCCUCCUUGCAGCAGCAACAGCUGCAGCAGCAGCAGCUACAACAGCAGCAGCAGCAGCUACAACAGCAGCAGCAGCAGCAGCAGCAGCUUCAACAACAGCAGCAACAGAUGGGCCUCUUGAGCCAGAGUCGAACUUUACUGUCUCCUCAACAGCAGCAGCAGCAGCAGCAGCAGCAACAGCAGCAGCAGCAGCAGCAGCAGCAACAGCAACAGCAACAGCAGCAGCAGCAAGUGACACUCGGCCCUGGCAUGCCGGCCAAGCCUCUGCAACACUUUUCUAGCCCCGGAGCCCUGGGCCCAACCCUCAUCCUGACGGGCAAGGAACAAAACAUUGUAGAGGCGGCUCUUCCUCCAGAGGCCACUGAGGGGCCCUCCACGCAUCAGGGAGGGCCGUUAGCAGUAGGGACUGUACCAGAGUCAGUGGCCACUGAACCAGGGGAGGUAAAGCCCUCGCUCUCCGGGGACUCACAACUCCUCCUUGUCCAACCCCAGGCCCAGCCUCAGCCCAGCUCUGUGCAGCUGCAGCCACCUCUGAGGCUCCCAGGACAACAGCAGCAGCAAGUUAACUUGCUCCACACAGCGGGUGUGGGAAGCCAUGGGCAACCAGGCAGUGGAUCAUCUUCUGAGGCCUCACCUAUGCCCCACGUGCUGGCCCAGUCCUCUGUUUCCUUAGGGGAACAGCCUGGACCCAUGACCCAGAACCUUCUGAGCUCCCAACAGCCCCUUGGACUAGAGCGGCCCAUGCAAAAUAAUGCAGGGCCACAGCCUGCCAAACCAGGAUCUGUCCCCCAGUCUGGGCAGAGCCUGCCUGGGGCUGGGGUCAUGCCUACAGUGGGUCAGCUUCGAGCACAGCUUCAAGGAGUCCUGGCCAAAAACCCACAGCUGCGGCACUUGAGUCCUCAGCAGCAGCAGCAGCUACAGGCACUUCUCAUGCAGCGGCAGCUACAGCAGAGUCAGGCAGUACGCCAGGCCCCACCCUACCAGGAGCCUGGGACCCAGCCGUCUCCCCUCCAGGGCCUCCUGGGCCGCCAACCCCAACUUGGGGGCUUCCCUGGAUCCCAGACAGGCCCUCUUCAGGAGCUGGGGGCAGGGCUUCGACCUCAGGGCCCACCCCGGCUCCCCGCCCCACAAGGAGCCUUAUCCACAGGACCAGUCCUUGGCCCUGUCCUUCCCACACCUCCACCAUCCAGCCCCCAAGAGCCAAAGAGACCUUCCUCACAGUUACCUUCCCCGAGCUCCCAGCUUCCCUCUGAGGCCCAGCUCCCUACCACCCAACCAGGAACCCCAAAACCCCAGGGGCCACCCUUGGAGCUGCCUCCUGGGAGGGUCUCACCUGCUGCUGCCCAGCUUGCAGAUACCUUCUUUGGCAAGGGGCUGGGACCUUGGGACCCCCCAGACAACCUAGCGGAAGCCCAGAAGCCGGACCAAAGCAGCCUGGUACCUGGGCAUCUGGAGCAGGUGAAUGGGCAGGUGGUACCCGAGCCACCCCAUCUCAGCAUCAAGCAGGAGCCUCGGGAAGAGCCAUGUGCCCUGGGAGCCCAGGCAGUGAAGAGGGAGGCCAACGGGGAGCCAAUAGGGGCACCAGGUACCAGCAACCACCUCCUGCUGGCAGGCCCUCGCUCAGAGGCCGGGCAUCUGCUCUUGCAGAAGCUUCUACGAGCAAAGAAUGUGCAACUCAGCACUGGGCGGGGGCCCGAGGGGCUGCGAGCUGAGAUCAACGGGCACAUUGACAGCAAGCUGGCUGGGCUGGAGCAGAAACUACAGGGUACCCCCAGCAACAAGGAGGAUACAGCAGCAAGGAAGCCUUUGACACCGAAGCCCAAGAGGGUACAGAAGGCAAGCGACAGGUUGGUGAGCUCCCGAAAGAAGCUGCGGAAGGAGGACGGGGUCAGGGCCAGCGAGGCCUUGCUGAAACAGCUGAAACAGGAGCUGUCCCUGCUGCCCCUCACGGAGCCUACCAUCACCGCCAAUUUUAGCCUCUUUGCUCCCUUUGGCAGCGGCUGCCCAGUCAAUGGGCAGUGCCAGCUGAGGGGGGCCUUUGGAAGUGGGGUGCUGCCCACAGGCCCUGACUACUAUUCCCAGCUGCUUACCAAGAAUAACCUGAGUAACCCGCCGACACCACCCUCGUCGCUGCCCCCCACCCCACCCCCAUCGGUGCAGCAGAAGAUGGUGAAUGGUGUCACUCCAUCUGAAGAGCUGGGGGAGCACCCCAAGGAUGCCACCUCUGCCCGGGAUACUGAAGGGACGCUGAGGGAUGCUUCAGAGGUGAAGAGUCUAGACCUGCUGGCCGCCUUGCCUACGCCCCCUCACAAUCAGACUGAGGAUGUCAGGAUGGAGAGUGACGAGGACAGCGAUUCUCCUGACAGCAUUGUGCCAGCUUCGUCCCCCGAGAGCAUCCUGGGGGAGGAAGCUCCUCGUUUCCCUCAGCUGGGCUCAGGCCGGUGGGAGCAGGACGACCGGGCUCUCUCCCCCGUCAUCCCCAUCAUUCCUCGGGCCAGCAUCCCAGUCUUCCCAGAUAGCAAACCUUAUGGGGCCCUGGAUCUGGAGGCCCCUGGGAAGCUGCCUGCCACAACUUGGGAAAAGGGCAAAGGAAGCGAGGUGUCAGUCAUGCUGACGGUUUCUGCCGCUGCUGCCAAGAACCUGAAUGGUGUGAUGGUGGCAGUGGCAGAGCUACUAAGCAUGAAGAUCCCCAACUCCUAUGAGGUGCUGUUCCCAGAGAGCCCUGCCCGGGCAGGCAUUGAGCCUAAGAAGGGGGAAGCUGAGGGCCCUGGUGGCAAAGAAAAGGGUCUGGGAGGCAAGAGCCCAGAAGCUGGCCCUGAUUGGCUGAAGCAGUUUGAUGCUGUGUUGCCCGGCUACACCCUCAAGAGCCAGUUAGACAUCUUGAGUCUCCUCAAACAGGAGAGCCCCGCCCCAGAGCCACCCACCCAGCACAGCUACACCUACAACGUCUCCAACCUGGACGUGCGGCAGCUCUCGGCCCCGCCUCCUGAAGCACCCUCCCCACCCCCUUCCCCUUUGGCACCCUCUCCUGCCAGCCCCCCUGCUGAACCCUUGGCUGAACUUCCAGCUGAACCCUCAGCUGAGCCACCAGUCCCCUCGCCUCUGCCACUCGCCUCGUCCCCUGAAUCAGCCCGGCCCAAGCCCCGAGCCCGGCCUUCUGAAGAAGGCGAAGAUUCCCGGCCCCCUCGCCUCAAGAAGUGGAAGGGGGUGCGCUGGAAGCGUCUCCGGCUGCUGCUGACCAUCCAGAAGGGUGGUGCGCGGCAGGAGGAUGAGCGGGAAGUGGCAGAGUUUAUGGAGCAGCUUGGCACGGCUCUGCGACCUGACAAGGUGCCUCGAGACAUGCGGCGCUGCUGCUUCUGUCAUGAGGAGGGGGAUGGGGCCACGGAUGGGCCCGCUCGCCUGCUGAACCUGGACCUGGACUUGUGGGUGCACCUCAACUGUGCCCUGUGGUCCACGGAGGUAUAUGAGACCCAGGGUGGGGCACUGAUGAACGUGGAGGUUGCCCUGCACCGAGGACUGCUCACCAAGUGCUCCCUGUGCCAGCGCACUGGUGCCACCAGCAGCUGCAAUCGCAUGCGUUGCCCCAACGUCUACCAUUUUGCCUGCGCCAUCCGCGCCAAGUGCAUGUUCUUCAAGGACAAGACCAUGCUGUGUCCGAUGCAUAAGAUCAAGGGGCCCUGUGAGCAGGAGCUGAGCUCUUUUGCUGUCUUCCGGCGGGUCUACAUUGAGCGAGAUGAGGUGAAGCAAAUCGCCAGCAUCAUCCAGCGGGGGGAGCGGCUGCACAUGUUCCGUGUGGGGGGCCUUGUGUUCCAUGCCAUCGGACAGCUGCUCCCCCACCAGAUGGCCGACUUCCACAGUGCCACCGCCCUCUAUCCCGUGGGCUACGAGGCCACGCGCAUCUACUGGAGCCUCCGUACUAACAACCGCCGCUGCUGCUACCGCUGCUCCAUCGGCGAGAACAACGGGCGGCCGGAGUUUGUGAUCAAAGUCAUGGAGCAGGGCCUGGAGGACCUGGUCUUCACUGACGCCUCUCCCCAGGCUGUGUGGAAUCGCAUCAUUGAGCCUGUGGCUGCCAUGAGAAAAGAGGCUGACAUGCUGCGGCUCUUCCCUGAGUACCUGAAGGGCGAGGAGCUCUUUGGGCUGACGGUGCACGCCGUGCUGCGCAUAGCUGAAUCACUGCCUGGAGUGGAAAGCUGUCAAAAUUAUUUAUUCCGCUAUGGACGCCACCCCCUGAUGGAGCUGCCACUCAUGAUCAACCCCACUGGUUGUGCUCGAUCAGAGCCUAAAAUCCUCACACACUACAAACGGCCCCACACUCUGAACAGCACCAGCAUGUCCAAGGCAUAUCAGAGCACCUUCACAGGCGAGACCAACACCCCGUACAGCAAGCAGUUUGUGCACUCGAAGUCAUCUCAGUACCGGCGGCUCCGCACUGAGUGGAAGAACAAUGUAUAUCUGGCUCGCUCCCGUAUCCAGGGCCUGGGGCUCUAUGCGGCCAAGGACCUAGAAAAGCACACAAUGGUCAUUGAGUACAUUGGCACCAUCAUUCGCAAUGAGGUGGCCAACCGGCGGGAGAAAAUCUAUGAGGAGCAGAAUCGAGGCAUAUACAUGUUUCGAAUAAACAACGAACAUGUCAUUGAUGCUACGUUGACCGGAGGCCCUGCCAGGUACAUUAACCAUUCCUGUGCCCCUAACUGUGUGGCGGAAGUUGUGACAUUUGACAAGGAGGACAAAAUCAUCAUCAUCUCCAGCCGGCGAAUCCCCAAAGGAGAGGAGCUGACAUAUGACUAUCAGUUUGAUUUUGAGGACGAUCAGCACAAGAUCCCCUGCCACUGUGGAGCCUGGAAUUGUCGGAAAUGGAUGAACUAAGAAGCUUUGAGGCUACCAGGCAGGGGAGUCCCCCACCCCAACCUCUUCCCUGAAAGGGAUGAGGGGGAAGAGAGGUAGCAGCCAGAGCCAGGACCCAGGGCUGGGGCUGCCGGCUGACCGGAGCCCCUGGAGCAGGAGGCUGGGGCAGAGGGCCCUAGGCCAAGCCCACCCUGGGCACCAGGGAUGACCCUCUUCCCCGCCACUGGCCCCCAGGCUGGCAUCUCUGCCCCCAGCUCCAGGAGGGGUCAGACAGAAGCAGCCAUUGGGCAUCUCAGGUUUGAGGGGGAUAUGGGCUGGGAACUACCCAGAAGCAUCUGGGAGGCAGCAGGGAGGGGGGAGGAGGAUGUGUGGCCGGGCCUCACAGCCCUGCUGCUCCCACCGACCUCUCUGGCCCAACUCGAGGCUGCAAAGAGACUUGACUAAGCUUGACAAUCCCAAAGGCCGGGUCCCACACCUGGCCCUGCCUGCCGGGUCCUGCCCCCACCCUCACCCCCAUCCCCUUCCCUCUCAAUCUGUCUCUGUCUCCCUCUUCUCCUCUGUGUUUCUGUCUCUCUAUGGGUUGUGUUUCCUUGUUUUCCACUCUGACAAAUGCAACAUGAACGGGAAAGAGGCGCCCUGCUGCCCAGGAGGGCAAGCCAGGCAAGCCGGGCAAGGAGACCCCGCACCCACACCUACCUCAUUUAAGUGUUGGAUUUUUUGCUGUUUUGAAAUGUGAGACCCUCUCCAAGCCCCCUACUGCCCCAACCCUCUCCCCCACCUCACUGCCCUCUUCUGAGUGGGUGGAAGGGGGGUAGGAGGAAGAAGAAAAAACAACAACAAAAAAUCCAUCUUUGUUUUUAAUUACGGGCAUGGGAUGGUGGUUGAGGCUAAUGAUGAUGAAGAUUGGGGAUGACUGGCCCCUAGUUGCUCUAGGACUUCCUUCUCCAUCUGGACAUGGGGGCAGGAGGGGUGUGCUAAACUUAGGACCAGGAUAUCUCCCUCCGGUUUUCCCAACCCCAUCAUGAGCCCAUUUGCCCUCCAGCCCCUGGAUAGGGUGGGUGGGUGGUAGGGUGAGGGCUAUCCCUGAGUGGCAUGCCCAUACCCAGUGAGGCAGGGUGUGGCCCGGAGCUCCCACUUUCCCUCCGUCACCAA